AUGGGCGGGGCAAACAGGGGCCAGGCAAAGCGUCAUGAGUUGCCCGGAAGAGAAGAAAGUGAAGGCGGUGUGUGUUUGGGGAGCGCGCGCGGUCGGCCUUUGGGAGGGCAGGCAGGCCGCUGGAGGAUGGCUUGGGAGCACAUGUGUUUUCUGGGGGCUGGAUUCCACGGUGGGUCUUCGGCCGUAGCAGAUGUGUGGUGCGCCUGGACGCGACUCAAAGUGCCGUGCGGGCGAUCGACUGCUUGCUCGCUGUGCAUUGCUCUCUGUGCGCCGCUGAACAAGCGUGGGAGGGCGAAGCUGCGCCCCGCAAGCUGGCGAAAUCUCUCAGAGCAAGAGGAAUGGUCGGUGGUGAGGCGUUCCUCACCGCGCCGAGCUGUGAGAAGCUCGGGCACGGAGCAGUGGACACGUUGGCGGCAGCGAUGGAAGCAGAGGUGCUUGUUGUGGCUGGCGCGGAGGCUGAAGGAUGCAAAUUUUCCCUGCAGCUCCGGAAAGGUGUGUUGUCAGCGCAUUCUGGAGUUGGGCUGCAUUGGAUGCGGUGCAGAGGAAAAUGAAGGAGCUGAAGCAACCGCCGCGACGUGGGACACGGCAGAGGCCUGCUGCAAAUAA